AUGCUCACAGUCUGCCCCCUCUGUAGCAACAUGCUCAUUAUCUCCCCUGUCCCCGCCAACGACCCUUCCGUCGCCACCCACGCCGGCAACAACCGCUUCGAAUGCCGCACCUGCCCGUACCAAAUGGUCAUCGACAAGCGAUACUAUGAGCGCAAAUAUAUCAAAAAGAAAGAAGUCGACGAUGUGAUAGGCGGGAAGGGCGCAUGGGACAAUGUUGACAAGACGAGUGUCCAGUGUCCGGACGAGAAGUGCAGGAACGAUACUGCGUACUGGUAUCAGUUGCAGAUUCGCAGCGCGGAUGAGCCAAUGACGGCAUUUUAUAAGUGUACGAAAUGCUCGAAGGAAUGGCGGGAAUAG